UCUGAGGAAAGGCAAUAUGGCUGUUAACUGAGUCCCUGGUUCGUAUAUACGUCCGUUACAUUACCAGAGACAAAGAAACAACGCAGUAGUUGAAAAAAAAAAUUUGAUUUGGCGCGUAGUCACGUUAUUACGCGUAUCAUUAUUGCCUUUUAAUUGUUAAUUAAUAAAUAAAGGGCAUAACAAUUACAAAUAAUAUAAGUUUAUAAAAUAAUAAUGCUGGAACUUGAAGUUGUGCCUGAAAGAUCCAUUGGUUGUGAGCAGUGGGAAUUUAUUUUAGGAAUGCAUUUUUCUCAAUCGGUAUCCAUAAUACAGUCGCAAGUGGGCAUUAUUCGAGGAGUACAAGUUCUUUAUAGUGAUACUAAUCCAUUAGAAGUAGACUUAGUAAUAAAUUUACCACACGAUGGGAUACGACUUAUAUUUGAUCCUGUCGUCCAGAGGCUAAAGAUUAUUGAAAUAUAUAAUAUGAAAUUAGUGAAACUUAAAUAUUGUGGAUUGCCGUUUAAUUCACCUGAAGUGUUGCCGUCUAUUGAACAAAUUGAACAUUCAUUUGGUGCAACUCAUCCUGGUGUUUAUGACAGUGAUAAGCAGGUUUUCGUGCUCAAUUUUCGCGGUUUAUCAUUUUAUUUCCCAAUUGAUUCAAAAUUCCAACCGGGUUAUGCACACGGAUUAGGAUCUUUACAAUUUCCAAAUGGGACAUCACCGCUGGUUGCUAAAACUGCUAUAUAUGUUGGUAAUAUGGCUGCUGGAUCAGUGGGAAGUGAAGAGCACUGUCUGAAAGCCCCACCACCACCACUGCCAUUGGUUUGUUAUCAUAAUAAUUUGUAUCUAGAAAAAGCAGAAAUAAUAAGAGAUAAAGUACGAACGCGAGGUUUAAAAUUACAUCUUUUUACGGAAGGAAAUUCAGCAACGAGAGUUUUAUUGGAACCUAAAAAACACAAUCUCUUGAAAGAAGUAUGGUUUGGAGAUUACUGUGAAGAUGUUUUAAGCGCACUUGGAGCACCUUCACGUGUAUUUUUUAAAGCAGAAGACAAAAUGCGAAUUCAUAGUCCGCAUGCACAUAAAAAAGACAAGACAAGACGAUCUGACUUUUUCUAUAAUUAUUUUACUUUAGGCUUGGAUGUUCUAUUUGACGCAAAAACACAAUGUGUUAAAAAAUUUGUAUUACAUACAAAUUAUCCAGGGCAUUAUAAUUUUAAUAUGUAUCAUCGGUGUGAAUUUACCCUUACAUUACCUCCUGAAAAUAAUUCCAAUGAUUCUGGUAAACUUAUCGACGUUAGUCCAUCUCCAAUAAUGAUCACUGCCUACACAAAAUGGGAUAAAAUAAGUGAACAAUUAAAAGCAACUGCUCGUCCAGUUGUAUUGAAUCGUGCGUCUUCUACAAAUACGACGAAUCCAUUUGGUUGUACUUUCUGUUAUGGUAUACGUGAUGCCAUAAUUGAAGUAAUGGCAAAUCAACACAUAGCCAGUGUAACACUUUAUUCAACUGCGUGACCUUGGUAAGCCGCUGCAUUUCAUAAGACAAAUAUUCAUAAAAAAAAUAUUCAUAGUAUACCUUGAGAAAAAAAAAAAUUAAAAAAAGAAAAAAACAAAUAAAAAGAAUGAAUUAUUCUAAAAUAAAAAAAUAUAUAUAAAAUAUAUAAGCGAUAAAGAAUGUUUAAAAAAAAAAAAUAUAAAAACUUGGGAAAAGUAAAAAAAAGUAUCGUGAAUACUGGUAGUAUAUAAACAAUCUAUAAUCCUUGAAACGGAUUGAUAGAUAAGCCAGUGAGAGAAACGAUUAUUGAUAUAUUAUAUUAUAUAUAUAUAUAUAUAUACAAUACUAUAAAGUAUAAAAAUCGAGAAGGCAUCUAGAAUGGUAGGAAAUAUUUAUGAGUAGAAAAAUUUAUGGUCAAUUAUUUGUUUUAAAAAAAAAGUAGGGCAGAAGUACCAUGGCCACUAAUCUAUUUUUGGACAUUUAAUACUUUUUUUUUAAUUAAUGAAAAAGUAUAAAGGAAACUUGCAUUGUAAUAGAGUAUAUUUGAGAAAAUUUAGGAAAUUGUCAUUGCAUAUUUACUGCAAUUUAUCACUCGGAGAUUUUGAGUUUUUACAAAAAAUCACUCAGCAUAUGGAGUAAAUAGAGAAUUUUUUUUCAGUGGAGUGAUUUCGGAGUGGUCUGGAUUUUAUUUAAAUCCGCAUUUACUCCGAUUCGGAGUCUUAACAUUAGAAUAAACUCCUCGGAGUAAAUUUCACUCAGAGAAUUAAAUAAAUAGUCAUCUGCUUCGCAUUCACUCCGGAUUUAAUUCGCGUUCACUCAGAAAUUUUUUAUCGUGUAACAAAUUAUGUUAUCGAAAUUUUUAAAGUGUCUAAAAAUGGUACCUACCAUGUGUCCAAUGAGAUCGAUAUUUAUGAAUUUAUUUUUACGAAAAAUGAUUUUAUAAUUUUCGUAAAUGAAUUAUAAUGUGUUCGUAAAUUUGUUUUGUAAUUUAUUUAUGAAAUGAUAUUAAGUUUACUUUCCACUUUUCAUUUCAAGUUUGCAAUAUUUAUCUUGGUAGUUUAUUAUUUCCACUAACUCGAAAAUAAUUUUAUAAAAAAAUAUGACAAUCAACUAAUGCUGUAGGCUAAUUUGAUAAAUUUUCUUUGACUGAGCCCAAAGAUAUUAUUUGAUAAUAUUUCAAACUUACUGAGUUUUUUCAAUUUUUUUAAAAUAAAUACUUUCGAGUCGGAGAUUAAUUUGUUUUUAUUUAUUAAUGUUAAAAUACUAAGGGGCCGUUCGUAAAAUACGUCACCCAAAAUUUUACUUUUUUAUCAAUAUUGCGUCAGAAAUUAUAGAUCC